GAAGUCACAAGACUCCACAUUAAGUAUUCUUUUGAGAAUUCACCAGGAGACAAUUUGUUUUAAAAGAGACCGAAAUCAAUGAGUUUCUUCAGUAACUUCUAGACGUAAAUGUAUCUCUUUGAUUAAGGAAAAAUCCGACUGGUCUCAGGACAUUGUUCUUUGUUUUUUAAUCCAAAAUCCACAACUCUUUGAUUCUGUGAAAAUAUAGGCUCAAAUUUCAAAGGUAUUGCAUUUACAUGCAUUUCAUCGGAGUUUCUCAGAGGACAGAAUAGAAGCAGACACUACUCAUCCUGAGAUACUAUCUUCUAUAGUUUUUGGAAACAGGUUAGGUAUAAAAAGCAGAAAGACAGGGAAGACAUGAAAAUUGCGACCCCUGAGUGUGACAUUUUCAAACACAUUCAUGGUGUUAAGUUAAAUGAAUGACACUCAAGUACAUCUAGCAAUUUCCAGAGGCCAAGAUGAGCACGAGUAAGGCCUGAAUCUAAAUCGCAUGUAACUCUGUUAAGCCUUACUGAAGCUGAAGCAAGCACAGCUCCCUAGUGGUCAUCUAGGAGAGUUCAUAAUAAGAGUGAGUGAAAAGGAAGAUAUUUUAACUUAAUAGUCACAAAAACAUUGUGGGAGGGUAGUGCAGUGAAUGAGAAAUUCUCACCUUCUGAAUUCCUUGAAUAAAGAACUGCAAUUGAGGAUGGUAUCACACACUGAAGCUCCCCUACUGAGUUUGACCAUAACUGAUAUAUGCAUAGCUUUAGGAAGAAGUUAAUUUUAAAAUAUUAGAAUAGCAUGCUCCAAACAGUUGUCUCAAUAUGUUUGCAUGUAGAGAAAAACAAUGGUUCCUUCAUCCACGUGCUGUGUUAUCUACAUGUGCAUAUAUAGCUUCAGCAUAUAUGCAUUUUAUGAUUAUCACCACUCCCUUGUACUUGUGGAACCUAUUAUGCUGUGUAUGGAUUUUUAUCCUCUAUAAUCCUUGUAUUCUCUCUGUGAAUUUGUAAAUGUACUCCAUAAUGCUUUGAAGAUUAAUCCCAUAAUUAAAGGGCAUAGUUAAGUAAAGAAAUUCUGGAUUGCUCAUACUUAAGUGGCGUGUGCAAUCUUCAACAAUGACAGUACAUCUAAACGUAUUUUGGCAGAAGUAACAAAGUGCAAGCUAAUAUUUCCAAAAGGACUUGGAGCUGCUGAUACAUGACACACCAGGAGAGUCCGUGACCUUUGGAAAUCAAUUACCUUUAGAAGGGAAUGACCAGAAUGACCUGAGGCAGAUGAAGAGGCAGUCAGUCCAGCUCACUUUUUCCUUCUGUGCAGUGUCAUCACAAAACUCUCCACUGAUUUUCAUCUGUUGUGACCACGCUGUUAAGAAAGUCUCUGGGAUUCCACCUGCCCAGCAGCCUCCUGGAACGUUUACUGCACAGUUUUUGAGACAUGGCUGGAACCGCUGCUAAUCCUGGACCUGUGGGUCCUGGUGCAGCCCUAUUCAUCCUCACACUCGUGAAGGACCUUUGGAGCCUGAACGGACCCAGGCAGGAAACAUUCAGAGAAGUUCAGUGGGGGAAAAAUAAACCAGCAGUUUUUGUGGAUUGCAAGGCUGGUCCUUCAGAUAAAAAUCCAGCCAUCUUCUGUUUCAAUUCUUCUCUACUACGUUCUGUCACACUGGCUGUCAGGAAAGCCAAUGAAGUGAUAAGAUUUUCACUGUGCACUAAGCAGGUAAAGGUGCUGCCUUUCAGUGCCUUACUACUUUGUCUAUCACUGAUGAUGGCAACAAGUUUACUUACCACAGAUAAACCUGAAGAGAAAAUGUAUUCCUGUCCCAUCAUUCAGUGUAGUGCUCCUGCAGUCAAUGGAUUACCAGGCAGAGAUGGAAGAGAUGGUCCCAAAGGGGAAAAGGGAGACCCAGGAGAAGGACUGAGAGGUCUGCAGGGUUUGCCUGGAAAAGCAGGACCCCAAGGAUUAAAAGGAGAGGUGGGACCACAAGGAGAGAAAGGUCAAAAAGGAGAACGUGGAAUUGUUGUAACUGAUGACCUGCACCGACAAAUAACUGAUUUGGAAGCAAAAAUCCGGGUAUUGGAAGAUGACUUAAGCAGAUACAAAAAAGCCUUGAGUUUAAAGGACGUCGUAAACAUUGGUAAAAAAAUGUUUGUCUCAACUGGAAAGAAAUAUAAUUUUGAAAAGGGAAAAUCCCUUUGUGCAAAAGCUGGAAGUGUGCUUGCCUCUCCUAGGAACGAGGCUGAGAAUACAGCUUUAAAAGACUUAAUUGACCCUUCAAGCCAAGCUUAUAUUGGGAUAUCUGAUGCACAAACUGAGGGCAGAUUCAUGUACCUGAGUGGUGGGCCUUUAACUUACAGCAACUGGAAACCUGGAGAACCAAAUAAUCACAAAAAUGAAGACUGUGCGGUGAUAGAAGACUCUGGAAAAUGGAAUGAUUUAGACUGUUCAAAUUCAAAUAUCUUCAUUAUUUGUGAAUUGUGAACAGCUGAUAUAUCUACGAAAAUCAAUCCAACUUACUUCUCUCAGUUAUGUGGUUGUGUAGAAGUUUGUUACUAUAUAGCUGAAUAGAAUAAUCAGAACCAGACUAUAUUUACCGUGGUCUUCCCUUCGACAUCCAGUUUUGAAUCUCCUAGUGAAACAGACCUAUUUGUUCACUCAUUGUGAAUUAACUUUUUUACCGCAUGAUAUGCUGAGGACCUUAUGUUUAUGCUGUAGGCUUCAGAGGUUUAACUCCAUGUCAGCUCCAGUAUAAUCCCCUGGACUUGGUGCUUACUAACAUUUGAAAUGUAUUUGCCAUUUCACAUUCUAGCACAAUCUGGCUUUUUAGCUUUAUCUGCACUUUGUGAAUUGCUGAACUUGAAGUGUGAACCAAAAUAAAUUUUAAGCAUUUAAAUCAUGGAUCUCAUUUAAAAACAUGGAAAUGUUUAGUUAAGAGGGCAUUUUGAAUCUAGUUUAUGGAAUAUAAUGAGCUAUUUUUAAACAAAUUAUUAUUAUUAGGUGAGUAAGCUAAUAAAUGGUAUUUCUGCUCCAU